UUUAUCCUCUUCAAGCCUGGGAACAAAAUGGUAAAGUUGGGUGCCAGUGUCUACACUGGCAAGAAAGGAAUUUUAAGGUGCAGGUCAACUCUUACGGCAGUGUUCAGAUAAUGCUUUCCUCUUUCUUCCCUGCAGACCCACAGGUGGCUCUGGUGACUGAGAUGGCAUCCUCUCUAAAGGUCCUAGGCCCUCUCUUGACCCUGCUGUUUCCCCUAGGUGGGCUGCUUGUACACAGCCAGAACCUUUCUUGGAGGGAAUUCAUGAAACAGCACUACCUGAGCACGAGCUGGAAAUUCAGCGACUACAAAUGCAAUGAUCUCAUGAGGGAAAGAGAAGGCCCACAAGACAGGAACUAUCACAUCUUCAUCUAUACCUUUUGGCACAAAAUCGAGCAUAUUUGCCUCAGGAAGUGGAGAGACCGUUACAGAAAUGUAUACAUAUGGGCCCAGCAUCCCUUCAAAAUACUCCAGUGCUACCAGGAGGGCAACCAAAAGAGCUAUAGAGAGCACAGUGGCUACAGCUACAUUGAAUUCCACUGUGGCAUGAACAGGUAUGCCAUGCUGGCAUACCUGGCAGAGGAACAGCAGACAAAAGCCUCUGAGCCUGGGACUAACCAUGGCCUCUGUCCACAGCAGGAGCUCCAGCCUUGA